CCGGCCGCCGCGUCGCGGGGAUCCGGCCGCAGCACCUGGGCCGCGCCUGGCGUCAGGCGUGCGCAGCGAUGACCACGGCCGGUGACCCGGGAGCCCUGCCCGCGGGGUCUCCUGUGAGCAGCCUCCGUGAGGCCCUGGACCAGUGCAUGACAGCCCUGGACCUCUUCCUCACCAACCAGUUCUCAGAAGCACUCAGCUACCUCAAACCCAGAACCAAGGAGAGCAUGUACCACUCACUGACAUAUGCCACCAUCCUGGAGAUGCAGGCCAUGAUGACCUUCGACCCCCAGGACAUCCUGCUUGCUGGCAACAUGAUGAAGGAAGCACAGUCGCUGUGUCAGAGGCAUCGGAGGAAGUCUUCUGUGUCGGACUCUUUCAGCAACCUGGUACACCGUCCCACCAUGGACCAGUUCACAGAAGAGGAGAUCCACGCAGAGGUCUGCUAUGCAGAGUGCCUGCUGCAGAGAGCGGCCCUGACCUUUUUGCAGGACGAGAACAUGGUGAGCUUCAUCAAGGGUGGCAUCAAAGUUCGAAACAGCUACCAGACCUACAAGGAGCUGGAUAGCCUCGUCCAGUCCUCGCAGUACUGCAAGGGAGAGAGCCAUAGUCACUUUGAAGGAGGGGUGAAGCUUGGUGUAGGAGCCUUCAACCUGACGCUGUCCAUGCUUCCCACUAGGAUCCUGAGGCUGCUCGAGUUUGUCGGGUUUUCAGGAAACAAGGACUACGGGCUGCUGCAGCUGGAGGAGGGCGCGACAGGGCACAGCUUCCGCGCAGUGCUCUGUGUCAUGCUCCUGCUGUGUUACCACACCUUCCUCACCUUCGUGCUCGGUACUGGAAAUGUCAACAUCGAGGAAGCAGAGAAGCUGUUGAAACCCUACCUGAACCGAUACCCCAAGGGUGCCAUCUUCCUGUUCUUUGCCGGGCGGAUUGAAGCUAUCAAAGGAAAUAUUGACACUGCCAUCCGGCGGUUCGAGGAAUGCUGUGAGGCCCAGCAGCACUGGAAGCAGUUCCACCACAUGUGCUACUGGGAGCUUAUGUGGUGCUUCACCUACAAGGGCCAGUGGAAGAUGGCCUACUUCUACGCUGACCUGCUGAGCAAGGAGAACUCCUGGUCCAAGGCCACCUACAUCUACAUGAAGGCUGCCUACCUCAGCAUGUUUGGGAAGGAAGACUACAAGCCAUUCGGGGAUGACGAGGUGGAGUUAUUCAGGGCUGUGCCAGGCUUGAAGCUCAAAAUUGCUGGGAAAUCUCUACCCACAGAGAAGUUUGCCAUCCGGAAGUCCAGACGCUACCUCUCUCCCAACCCCAUCUCGUUGCCGAUCCCUGCUCUGGAAAUGAUGUACAUCUGGAACGGCUAUGCUGUGAUUGGGAAGCAGCCGAAACUCACUGACGAGAUGCUCGAGGUCAUCACCAAGGCUGAAGAGAUGCUGGCUAUGGGCCCAGAGAAUGAGUACUCAACAGAUGACGACUGCUUGGUCAAACUGCUGAAAGGCCUGUGCCUGAAAUACCUGGGCCGCAUCCAGGAGGCAGAGGAAAAUUUCAGGAGCAUCUCUGCCAGUGAAAAGAAGAUUAAAUAUGACCACUACUUGAUUCCAAAUGCCCUGCUGGAGUUGGCCCUGCUGUUCAUGGAGCAAGGCAGAAACGAAGAGGCCAUCAAACUCCUUGAUUCUGCCAAACAAAACUACAAGAACUACUCCAUGGAGUCAAGGACACAUUUCCGAAUCCAGGCAGCCACACUCCAGGCCAGGUCUUCCCUAGAUGGCAACAGCUCUGCAGUAUCAUCAGUGUCCUUGUAGCUUUGUGCUCCUGGGCUGGAAGACGAACACACAGCUUAGGUGGACAGAGCUCCUGGAAACAUUUCAAAAGAUUCCCCUCCUGCUGCCUUUCUGUGGGGUCCACCUGGUGCUCCAGUGGAAUGGCACACACUAUUUUACCUGUAUGGCCAAGGCCUUUGCCAAGGGCAGAGCAGGUGGAGCCCUCUACCACACAUACGGGUACUUGUUUUACACUGUGAUGUUUAAGAGAAUAUACGAACAGUUUACAUUUCUUUAGAAUAUACCGGUGGGAUUAUAGUUGGCGUUAAAAAAAAAAAAAAACCAAAAAAUUGCCUGUAAAUCUGUUUUCACUCGGACAAAGUGGAAGUAAAUCUCUACAUGCUCCCAAGGCCAAACUGCUUUUCAAAUCUCAGCGAUGUCUCAGAUCUUUUUUUGUAGCACAGGGGGAGUUCCUAGCAUCUGAGCUUUUGGCUUCAAAGUUCUAAUACCGAAUUCCAGGACAGCCAGAACUGUCUAUAAAAAAAACAAAACAAAACAAAAAAACCCAAAUUAA